AUGGCAAACAUAUAUAUUGAGCAUGAAAUUGGUCCCGGUGUCACAUUCUUGGCUUCCUUAUCGACUAUGAACUACUUUACUGCAUUUCUUUUGCUAUGUUCUCUAACUGCACUAAUUCAUUGCAGUCCAGUUCCUGAUUCUGAUCAGAAGGCAGCAAAUACACAAAUAAAUCGAGUGAAACGGUGGGGAUACGGCUACGGCGGUUACGGCGGUUAUGGAGGUUAUCCCGGAGGUGGAUAUUAUCCUGGUGGUGGAGGAUUUUACCCUGGUGGUGGUGGUGGCGCUUUCGGCAACUCAUGGGGGAGGUCGAUCUCGCUCAAUACCAAUCUCAGACUCGGUGGAUUUAAUAAUGGAUAUAGUAUGUUUGGUCGAUAG